UCCAGAUUAAUCAUGGCGGGUUUGCAAAUGUGUUCGUGUCGUCCUCAUCAUUGUCCGUCGUGUUUUGCUAUUUCUGGGCGCUCCUGAGGUAGACCAGGCGCUUUUCGACCACUUUUGCAAUGUCGGAUAACAAGUAGGCUUAAUCUGUCUUCAACCUGUGACUUAUUUUUGCGGAGGCACAGCCACACAGACAGAGAAAUUUGACAUCCGGAAUUUCAAGACGAGCACUGUGUGCCGCAUUCAAAGCUGGAGGCAGUGUGAUCGCAAUCUACAAGCCCGGCUUCAGGAUGUUCCUUCCUGUUCCUGUACAGUUCUGAUAUGAUUCAAAGGCCAUGUCUUCAAUCUGAGCUGCUUCAGACACCAUGGGCUGCUGUCUCAGCACUUAAGAUGGCUGCAGCCAGACUGCUGCUUUCCUUAGAAGGCUCUUCAUUCCACUGCUAGCUGUUGUAAGGAGUCUUAAGCCAUGCCGCUGGGAUUCCUGCUGAAGAAGGCAACUGGCAUCCUGGGUCAGCUGGGCCUGGCUAACGACCCAACCCGACCGCCCCCGCUAGACGGGGAAAUCAUCUACUGCAAGAACAAUGUGUGCGUGCACCCCCCAGGACCUCUCAACGUCAACACUAUUCACCAUCCAGGGUACCUGACAAUCCGUGCUCAAGAUGACGAAGUCCUGGGUUCCACCCUCAUCCUCACAUGGAUCCCCAAUACCACCCUGCAGAGGAAGCCCAGCUCUGCUCCCUCCACCCCCAGUACAGGCUCCCCCCCGGGAGACAAGCCUGCCCCCCCUCCCAGGAAAUUCUCACAUGACAUUCCAGGAAGCUCUGACAUGGUGGCGUCCCACAGAUUGCUGGAACACGCGGAUGUCGACCUUGAGUCGGGAACAAAGAACUCCUCUAGCCUGAGCCUCGACCGUAGCUGCUCAGAUUCAGGGUACGCUGACGACACCGUCAGCAAACACAGUAGUGCAAUGUCCGAGCAGCAUCAACAGUUUUACGAGAAGAUCUUGGGGCAAACUGUCGGAUUAGAGCCUUCCGUGAUGUCCCAGUCUGACACCUGUGCUGCUUCAGGUAGCAGAAGGCUGAGCCACAAGUCUGUAGAUAGUGCAAUCUCCUCCAAGAAUCAGAGUCCUGUUGAUGCUGACGCUAAGACAACAGCAGGAGACAUCAGCAUGUCCUCGGACAGCGAAAGUAUCACCACAGAAACUCAGUUAGCUUUGCUGAUAGCCAGGAAUGACUAUGAACAGGGGCUGAGAGACGAGCAGCAGAUCAAAGGGGAUUCUCAGGCCGGUAGUAAAGGUGCCAAACUGUUACCAUGGCAACUCUCCAAGCAUGUAAGACAAGCCCUCCAGACGGACUUUGACAAUUCCAGUGUCAGCUCCGACGACACCAGUGCGGGGAAUAGCCCAUGGCCGUCCCCGAAAAAGAAGAUGCCGGAUUAUACGGUGGUUCACGCGAACAAGGAGCUGUGCGACACAGACGUUGACGAGGAGCUGGAGUCUCCGGGAAACGGUCACAUCCAUCGGAGGAUGUCCGACUCCAGCUCGACCUCCAGCACUGACACGGACACGACCCAAGAUGGCGACUCCUGUCCCCCCUCCCCAACAAGCUCCCAACACGCGACCUCCCCAACUGGUGCCGAGAGCAUUGAGAUACAGAAUAGGCUGGAGAGAUCGCUGUCGGACUCCAACCCAGAGGGCCUCGUCGUGACCUAUAACCUGACCUUCCCGGAGAAUUCUGUCAGCUACGUUGAAGCGGCGGGGUUGAAGGGACCAGGCACGGCGCGGGAACAACUGUGUGGUGUCUUCUCGGCAGAUCUGGGUCAAAUGAGGUCACUCAGGUUGUUCUUCAAUGAUGGGGAUGGUACCUGUGGCCAGCUGGUGAUUGCCAGUAGAGAGAGUCAGUAUAAGAUCCUGCACUUCCACCAUGGAGGACUGGACAGGCUGGCUGAGAUGUUUGAAGAAUGGAGACACUGUACUCAGGCCAAGGCUAAUAAGGGUUUGUCUGACCAGUUCUGUCGGCAGUUCUCCAUUAACCGUCCCAGCGUCACUGCCAUCGAGUGCCACCCUGAUGAGGACGUCUAUGGGACCAUCACUCUGGAAAUCUGGCAGUCUUACUUCAACGAUCGUGGCCAAGUUGAGGAUGAGGAGAGCUUGAAGAAGGCCAUUUUCUUUGGAGGGCUCGACCCAAGUGUGCGUAAGGAGGCGUGGCCCUUCCUGCUGCACUACUUCUGCUUCCAGUUCACCUCCGAGGGGAGGGAGGAGUACUGCCACAGGAUGUCUGCUGAGUACCAGGCCAUUCAGGACAAAAGACUGUCCAUGUCGGAUGAGGAGAAGGAGCACUUCUGGAGGACGGUGCAGGUGACUGUGGACAAAGACGUGGUGCGGACAGACAGGAGUAACCCGUACUUCAAGGGCGACAACAACCCGCAUGUGGAGAUGAUGAGGAAAAUCCUGUUGAACUACGCGUACUACAACCCCUCAAUGGGGUACACCCAGGGCAUGUCGGACCUCCUGGCGCCGGUACUGGUGGAGGUACACGACGAGGCCGACGCCUUCUGGUGCUUUGUGGGAUUGAUGCAGAACACCAUCUUUGUUAGCUCGCCCACGGACGCAGACAUGGACAAGCAACUGAUGUACCUACGGGAGCUGCUGAGAGUGAUGCAGCCCAACUUCUACCAACACCUGGUCACCCUGGGGGACGCCAUGGAACUUCUCUUCUGUCAUAGAUGGAUCCUGCUCUGUUUCAAGAGGGAGUUUCCAGAGGCGGAUGCCCUGAGGAUGUGGGAGGCCUGCUGGGCCCACUACCAGACCGACUACUUCCACCUGUUCAUCUGCCUGGCCAUCAUUGCUGUGUACGGGGACGAUUUGGUCCAGCAGAAGCUGCCGUCAGACGAGAUGCUGCUCCACUUCAGCAACCUGGCCAUGCAUAUGAACGGGGAUGUGGUCUUGAGAAAGGCUCGAGGUCUGCUGCACCAGUUCCGCCUCCUUCCCAGAAUUCCCUGCACCCUCCACGGCCUGUGCAAGACUUGCGGACCGGGCAUGUGGGACAGCGGGCACGUGCCCACCGUGGAGUGUACGGGGUGUCACAACGAGGACGGAUGUCCCUACGGCGGGGUCUCGCCACAGCAGGAGAAACCACUCACCAACAAGAUCUUCCCCGAAAAAUUCUUCUAGUAAUAACUGGACAUAUUUACACAAAUCAGUGAGUUAUGAGGUAAAUAAAAUCAAAGAAUAAGUCUAUCAGUAAUCAGAUCAAGGUAUUGAUAGUUUUUAAGGCAAGAAUGAAUUGUGAACAAUAGUUCCUUCUUAUUAGCAGAGCAACACUUAUUAAUAAAGUUAUUAUCAUUCUGUCGCUAUUCCUCAUGACAUUAGAACAGUUUUUAAGCUAGAUCUCUGCUAUGCUCAUCUUUGCAUCAAAGUUGUAUUCUUCACAGCAGAAGUAGCAUAGAGGGGGUUAAACAGCUGAUAAAUAUGUAAAUUUACACCAGAUACAGUUAUUGUCUAUUUCUUUCAAUGCUCAAUUUACACAUUCCUUUUUAUUAUCAGAUCUGCACAAUGAAGACAGGAAGCAAAGCAAAUUUUCAUAAGUGAAAAUACAUUUUUCUGAGAAAUUGAUAGGUGUAAAAAGGAUCCGUUUAAUCUAAAAGAGAAUGACUGUUUCCAUUUAUUACUGUACAAAUACACCUUGCAUAGCUCUACCUUUGGUUGAACAUUACAACAUCACAUUGUGAAAUUCAAACACUAAAAAAUCAUUCCUCAAUGGCUCCCUCUGCUGUACUUUACCUGCUCACUUCCACUGAAAUCACUCACAAAAAUUGGCAACAUGAACUGAUGAAAGCCAAUUGCACUGGGAAACUCUGUAAAAUAUGGAUUGAUGCUUCUGAUGGGGUUGUCAAUCUGAAGUUUUAUUGGAAGGGUUCCAAAAAGUGUCAAUAGUUAUCCAUGAUAGACCUUGCCAGAAACCUGGAGAAAGACACAAGUCAUAUAUAUCAUAUAGUUGAUAGGGCAGUCCUGGAAUAGGCCAUUGACUAGACCUGUAAGUACCAACUAGACAAUGGGACAAUCUUAGAAUUUGUUCUGUCAGCAGUUCUGAGGAACAGAGAGAACAAGAAGUCCUUGCCCUUAAUCGAUUGUCAUACGAUUACGAUUACUUACAAAGUAUAGAUGCUACCAGAAUGUAGGAUAGGGCAACAUCAAGAACACUUUAAAGUCUGGUUCGAGCGUGAGCUCGGCUAAAGUACAUGUAAAAUAAGAAUGUAUUUCUUUGCCUCUUUGUUAGGGUGACAUAAUACCAUUAUGUAUGACAUAAUAUAUCAUUAUCAUAUCUUCAUAUAUUGAUGUAAAGAUUUAUUGAUUGUAAACAAGGUACAGAUUGAAAUGUUCAGUUGUAAAUUUAUAUUUCAUUGGUUGACCACUUCUCAUUCAUGUGACCUGAUAGUAUGAGAGAGUCAGGUAUAAUUCAUGUAAAUAAUAGACUUAAGAAGUAGGUUUGGUAUGGUGCUAGUAAACAACAUUCCCUGUUAAAGCUGCAGAUUUGGCAGACAAAGUAGCUUUUGCUCUAAAAGCAGAGAUUAAAAAAAGCAAGUUUUUUAUGUGUAACUUUACAUCUCUUUAUCAUAUCGCUUUUCAGCAAGGUACCUUCACUAUCACAUUGAUAUAGACUGGACAUUCAGGUAAUGAGAUAGUGAAACAAAAGUUACUCAAGCAACUGGAUCUGUUUUGAAAACUGCCAAAACUUAUUUAGUUGCUUGAGAAACUUAUGUAUUGAGUUAAAUCUAUUAUUUGGGUACAAAGCCCAAAGGUGGAAAUGUUUUGUUUUUAUUGAACUAAAUCCUUUGAGACCUCAUGAGUAAAAAUGGUACAUUCCAUGAAGGUUGUAAACUCUGUAACUUAAGCAUGUAGUAAGAUAGGUGCUGUGGUGACAUGUAUGGACAGUUGCUGCUAGAGUGGUUAGCCAUGUUUGUGUGACAUGCUCGUGAUGAGGGGAAAAUGUAAACGUGUGUAGAACAUGUGGAAAGCUGACAAUGUGUGAGAUAGGACAGUUAGAAUUGUUGUGUAAGGCUGCAAGCUUCAGAUUAUAAUUUGUAUGUUAUAUGAUUAUAUCAUUUCAAGGUAAACGCCAUGUAAGUAAUAGAUUGAAUUGCUUGCCAACAAGCACUAAGUUAUUGCAGAUUUCUAUGUGUGAUGUGCUAUUUUCCUUUGCUUUGGAGAUAAUACAUGGAUGUAUAAUGCUAGUUUUCUUUUCAUUUGUUGCAAAUGAUAGAAAAAAAUCAUAUCAAAUCAAAUUAAUGAUCACACUUACACCACUUCAACAUUUGUAAAUGUGCAACCAAAUUUCAAUAAGCGUAGUUCAAUUUAACUGUUUAGCCGACAAGCAAUGCUUUUCAAAAUGUUGUAAGUAUUUGUGCUCUUUACCUCACGAGAAAUGUUUUCUGAAAACUUUGUUGUGUGCUGCAAAGCGUGUAAUAGUACCAUAUUGUAGUUAAGCUGAUGCCAGUUUGGCAACAAAUUGCUCAUCGCUGUGUGCCUCUGUCUGCACAUAACUUGUACAUCCCACUUCUCAUAAAGCCAGGCCAGGUAAUCUUGGCGAGGUGAUAUAC